AUGAAGUACACCCAGCACCUGUCACUCGCAGCAAGCAUCAUCUCAGAUAUGAGACUUGAUCGACCGAGAGUUGCAAGUCUAUGGGCUUUGAGUCGAGAGAGCAAGCAUGGGUCUGGUGAAAUGACGCACGACGAGAUGAGAGCUCUGGCCGGGACUUAUUAUCUCUCUUCAAGACAUCUUCCAUACAUCAUAUAUCUUCAAAAGCUCACUGAGGAGGUCGACGAUGCAGUGAUCGAAGCCACAGGAGCAAUACGAGGGUCAAGGCAAGAUAAGUUGCCUGCCGAGCUACAUAGAAUCAGAGAGCGAUAUACGUCGACAAAAUCAUCCUUGCCGUUUCCGCUCAGUGAGAGUCCCACGAUUCUUCUUCAGUUGCACGUCCUUGACCUCCUUAUCUGCCAACCCUCACCGGAUGGCAUCUCCUAUGGCCCAAACGGUUUCCAAAGUCUUCAGCAAGGUGCAGAUCAAAGCCGACUUCUCGACUGGCUCUCACAAAGCAUGUCUGCUGCAAAGUCCCUCAUCAGCGUGAUCCUCCUUCUCCCACAAGGCGACGAAGACACGAUGCCUAACAUCGGCUGGAUCAUGCUGUACUGCGCAGUCUCUCUAUCAGUACGACUCGACCUUGUAGCAGCACAACCCGAAAAUGCACAAACUGCGGGCCAUCUUCGACGUAUUCUCGACAUGCCUCACACCCUUCGUCAAAUUGUCCUCCGCAUGGAAUCUGCUUCAAACUCGAAUCCAGGGGAUGGUGAAUCAGAUCCAUACUUUGGUCUUGCAAGAAGAGCCCGGCGUAUCGAAAGGUGGUAUCUUGAGCGUUGUGGUCCUGUCGAAUCGCCUGAAGUUGGGAGUCUUUUCGGAUCUACCGAGACAUCCCCUUCAAACCCAUUCACCGCAGAUAUUGGACUCACCCCAUCAUCUUUUCAAGACCCUGGCUUGGUGCCGAGUCUUCAAAUAACAGGCGAAUCAGACGAUACGUGGAUGACCAACAUAUUGGCAGACCUCGAGGUUGACCCAGGGAUGGAAAGCUUGCUGUUUACUGGACCUUUUGACUUUCUCGGUGAGCGUCAACAAUAG